UCAGUCAUGACUGAUAAUUCAGAAGACGAGGACGAUGCAUCUGCACUCUUUGUGACAUCACUAUACGCUUUCAGCUCUGAUGCGUUGGAGUCUGAAAAUGAUUCUUCGAUAUGCUUGUCGUUCGACCAAGAUGAAAUUGCAUUCACAUAUAAUCUCGAUGAUUCUGGCUGGGGCGAAGUUACCUUGCUUUCUUCUCUCAAACGUGGUUGGGUACCGAUGAAUUAUUUUAGGUCAACUGUUGCUACAGAUAUAACAAAAGAUGAUAUUAAAAGUAUGUCAUGUAAGGAGCUGACCCAGACACGUACUCCUUUAAGACUGCUUUUGAAGUAUGCUGGUACUUUUUUGUUGAACCCACAAUCGAAACCAGUCUAUAUUGGCGGCGAACUCAGAGGCUAUACUUUUGAUGUGGAGUGUUUUAAUGGCAUAACUGACGGCUUGAGAAAGUUGCUGAUUGACACAAACUGUAUUUCAAGAUCUAAUUCGUUUGUUCAAACGAAACCUGUUGUCAGAAAAAUGAGAAAGAAACUACUACGUGGUUGGGCAGAUUUGAUUGGAAAAAUUAAGGACUACAUGGGGACAAUUGCUACGCCUAAAAUUGAAUAUCUACAGCUAUUAACAUUUCAUUUACUACAAAAAGCAAUAACAUUUCUAGACAUAUGGGGUCUAGAACAAGAUAGAAUAGACGAAGGAUUAGAGUAUCAAAAGGCAAACAGUUUGUCAUUAACUGAUAAUAACACCAAAUUAGCUUGGAACUCCCUUGAAUUAGUCAGUCUCGAUAUUGUUUAUCUAGAUAGGCCUCCGAUUGCUUCAUACCGGGUAAAUGAAAUUUACAAUCAACUUUUGACUUAUUUAUGUCUUAUUGCUGGAAGAAUAGAUUUGGUUGAGCACAAUCCAAAGAGUUUUACGGUAGUUGGAAUAGUCAUUGGGCAUAUAAAUCUAUUGGUUAAUGAAUUUUUCUUUAUCAUUAAACUACUCAAGAAUACCUUGAAUGAAUCUGAGAAUGAAGAGCAACGAAUAAAAAAUGUGAGCAAAUACGGCAAACUAGGAUCGCAAAUGAAUUUGAAGAGUCAAAUUGGAGUUUUAGAUUCUCAAACGGAAAAACUAAGACAAUUGGUCGAAGAGCUAAAUACAUACAUGAAGAUCAUUCAUGAUACUUCUUUCAAAAGUGUCCAUAAUCAUAAUGAAGGUUUUAACACCCCUACUAGCAUCUCUAAACAAGAUCAAGGUGAUGUUUUAUAUUUUUAUUCCAAAGAAGGAGGUGCUGUUGUGGUAUGUGCUUGCAAAAUGAUUGAAUUUUCGUCCAAUGCAUAUAAGAUCUUGAAAAACAUGGUAAACAUAACUGAUGAUCUUGUUUUACCAAACAACAGAAAAUAUCCAAAUUAUUUGGAAAUGAACAUCAAACCUGAGCAUUUCAUCAAAGAGUGUUCCACCGCUUUGGCAAACGACUCCAAUAUUCAAAAGCAGGUCAAAAGUUUCAAAAAAUUGUCAAUGACAGCAGGACAGAACGGAAAUAAAAUGAUAUCAAAUAGGUCUAGUAAUAGAUACUCAGUCUUUAAAGCGGGAAAGUCAACAGAUGUUCAAUUAAGUUCAAGUGGCCUGGACUUCCUUUCUCACUUUGAGUCAGAAAGUUUACAAAACUCUCCAUUUUUGAAUGGCCAAGAGUUUGAAGACAAUGUUAAAGAUAUUUCUGAUUAUGAGUUUAAUGCCGAACAAGAAAUAUUAAGAGCCGAGAAAAGUAACAAUAUCAUAGGUGCCUCAUUCAAGGCGCUUGUAUUCUUGUUAACUGAUGAAAAUAACCCCCCUGACUACUUUUUUACUUCGACCUUCUUUUUAACAUUUAGAAUUUUUGCCGAUGGUACACAACUAUUGGAUGCAUUGAUUAAAAGAUUUGAUGUCAAUGAUGACUAUAAAAAUCAUGCCUCAAAUUAUAAUAGCUCUGUUUCAGAAUCGAAAAUAAGAAGCAGGAGAAAACUGGUUGUCAAGUCGUUUCAGUUCUGGUUAGAGAGUUAUUGGAAAUGUAAGUCCGAUUAUGUAUUACUUGCCCCAAUCAUGAAUUUUUUCAACGAAGGCAUGAAAUCUUUCUUACCUAUUGAAACUUACCAGCUACUUGUGACUGCUUCGAAACUUAUAGGCCAUCCACCAAUUGAAAACAUUAACGAUAAGCUGAAUUAUUAUAACAACAUCUCAAAUAAUCAACAGCUACUACCAAGAAAAAUUUCCUCAAAGCUACAUAAAAAGACACUUUCUAGGCUGUCUCUUGGGGCUGAAACUAACGGCUUACUAGGAGAAAUUGAAGCAUAUAAUUCCUUUUUAGAUGACAUUGACACUUAUGAAUUGAAGGAGGUUGAGAACCAAAAGGCUGAAAGUAAUAUUCGUGCCUCUUUGAAUCUAAACUUGGAUAUAGAAUUGAAGAACUCUAAUUCUAACUCCAUAUUACUGACAAAACAGCAAAUAUCUAUGAUUAGGAUGGUGGUUAUGUCGUAUAGGAGGAUGUUGGGUACGCACUGGAAUUUGAAACACAAAGAAAAUCAAUUCGAGCCUAUGGACACUCAAACUUUAGUUGAAAGUUGGUGGGGUGCUUCUCAAGAAAGCUGGAAAAUCUUGAAUGAUGAUUUAACCCUUUUGAAUUUUAAUGGCUUGGAAAUUGCUAAACAACUAACACUGAUUGAAAACAAGAUGUUUUGUUCAAUUCAGGCUGGUGAAUUGUUGAACCAAAAUUUCACAACUAAGAAGUUACACUUGAACUUAUCUCCCAAUAUUCAAAAAUCGAUUCUUUUCACCAACUUAUUGAGCGACUAUGUGAUUGAAAGUAUACUCAAACCUGGACUACAAAUGAGACAGAGAAUUCACGCUAUCAAAUGCUGGCUAAAAAUUGCAAUAUCCUGUUUAUAUUUGAGGAAUUUCAACUCUUUAGCAUCGAUAAUGACAUCCUUGCAAAGUUUUUUGAUAACACGGAUUACCAAAAUUUGGGAAGGGCUGUCGGAUAAAUACGAAGAGCUAUUUCAGUACCUUGCAUCUAUUAUUCAUCCAAACAGAAACUAUAACACUUAUCGUGAGAAAUUGAGAGACUUUUUAGCUACAAACCUGCAAGAAAAAAUAGAUAUACCAACUGUUCCUUACUUAUCAUUGUUUUUGCAAGACCUUACCUUUGUUGUGGAUGGUAAUCCGAACUAUAGAACUAAUACAAAAUCUUUCUUGGAUGAGAAAUUGAUAAAUAUUGAUAAAUACUUCAAAAUUACAGAGAUCAUCUCCGAUAUUCAAACACUUCAAGUAUCCUACAAAGAUGUUGGGGAACUCGGUUCCAUCUAUAAUGAUAAGAAUACUGAUAUAGUGAGAUCCGAGACUAUCAAAAACUUGAGGAGUCAGUUUGAUCAAAGCCAAGAUGUUUCAUUUGCAGAUAUGUUUGAUAUUACUGGGGUGCCUGUACUUCAGGAAUUAAUUUUGUUGGAGAUAUGGAAAGUUAAACAAACAAAUGCAAGGGACGAUGAUAGGAGUUGGAAAUUGAGCUGUGCUAUACAGCCACGUGAAAAA